AUGUCGGAGUCCAUUCGCGCGUCCCCCUAUGAACCUGGCCUCUACUUUGUUUCCCCCGAGCCCGGCACCACGCUGCAGAGCAUCGGCAGUCAGCAGUGGCAGGUUGGCACGAGGUACCGCUUGGAGAAGGUCCUCGGCUACGGCUCCUUCUCGUGCGUGUGCCUGGCCACGGACACCCAGACCGGCGAGAAGGUGGCCCUGAAGUGGAUCGGGGACGUGCUGCAGUCCCCCGACCAGGCCAAGCGUGUGCUGCGGGAGGUGUCCAUCCUGCGGCGCCUGCGCCACCCCAACCUGGUGGGCCUGCGCGACUGCUUCCUCAGGCCCGCCGCCACGGGGCAAUGCCGCCUGGUGGGCGGCAAGCUUGUCAGCCUGUCGGUGGACAUGUACAUCGCCAUGGAGUAUGCAGAGUGCGGCGACCUCUUUCACCUGCGGGGCCAGCUGUCGGGCGAGGAGGUGCGGUCGCUGAUGCGCCAGAUGCUGCAGUGCCUGCGCUACGUGCACUCUAUGCACGUCUGGCACCGCGACGUGAAGAGCCAGAACGUUUUUCUCACGCGGCACCCCGUCACGGGCAAGCGUGUCGGUGACUUUGGGUCGGCGCGGUCCGCCAUCCCCGAGGGCUACCACUGGGCGGAGCAGGCUCCCAGCCACCAGUUGCAGCCCAUCCAGCUUGUAUGUGCUGGGCGGAUGCAGGAGGGCGUGCAGGCGGAGGACCUGGCGCCGGAGGUGGUGAUGUCGCGGGGCGGGUACUCCUCCGCCAUCGACAUGUGGAGCAUGGGCUGCAUCUUCGGCGAGCUCCUGCAGCGCAUCUCCCAUGUGGGCGGCGCGGCCACGCCCGCCCUCCAGGUGGCCCCCCUCUUUGCCAUCCAUGGCAUGCCGCGCACGCCCGACGAGGGCGACCGCUUCGCCGAGCCGGGGUCCGUCAGCUGCGGCGUCACGCGCCGCGAGCUGCAGGCCCUGUUUGACGUCAUCGGCACGCCCUCCUGGGCGGACGUGGACAAGGUGCAGAGCCCAGCCUGGCGGCGCUACCUGGCCAACCUGCCGGGCAAGGCGCCCUCCUUGUACAGGAGGUUUGCCGACGCGGGGGAGUGCGCCAUAGACCUGCUGGCCCGCAUGCUCGCGUUCGACCCCGCGCGGCGCUGCAGCGCCGAGGAGGCCCUGGCGCACGAGUUCUUUGCCGGGGACGACGAUGAGGAGGACGGCGGUAGGCAGGGUGGUCAUUGGGUGCAUUUUGGGGGCCGCAUGCGCGCAUUGGGUUCAUUUCAGGGCGUGGUGACGCAUGCCGUCAUGACGCCCGGCCCCGCAGAUGUGGCCAUGGCCGAGGAGGGCCAGGCGGAGGAGGCCACCACCUGCAGGCACGGCGCCGCCAGGAUCAUUGGCCAGGGGCCCAGCCCCUGGCAUGACGCGUACCCGGGCAGGGUCCUGGCGUUGCUGGAGGAGGAGCUGUCCAGCAUCGAGCCCGGCGGGAUGUCGGCGGCGGACACAUGGCAGGGCAGCCUGGACCCAGAAAAGUAUCUGGGGCCGCAGCGCCACUGGGGGUGGACGGAACUGAGCGGGCAGGGACCUCGGGCGGGCCCGACGUGGGGCGUGACGGCUCUGCCUCCGGGCAUGGACCCGGACGCGACUCCCGCUGGCAUGGCGGCGAUCAUCCAGGCGCAGCAGGGGCGGUGA